AUGGAUGAGAGAAUUGAGAGGAUGAAUCAGGCUGCUCAACAUGGAAAUAUUGAUGCCUUUUACAUCAUAAUUCAGAAGGAUGUAAAACUUUUGAAGCACAUUGAUAAGCUACCAUUUGUUAAUACUCCUUUACACAUAGCUGCAUAUGCUGGGCACAUCCCAUUUGCCAUGGAGCUGAUGAGAUUGAUGGCCUCAUUCUCUAGGAAGCUUAAUCCAGAUGGGUUCAGCCCCAUUCACCUUGCUCUACAAAAUGGGCAUGGCGAGCUGGUGUGUCGGCUUCUAGAAAUUGAUGGGGAACUUUUCCGUGUAAAAGGAAGGGAGGGUAUCACCCCUUUGCAUUAUGUAGCAGCAACAGAAUGUCACCUUGAUCGAUUGGAAAAAUUUCUCGAAUUCUGUCCCCAUUCUAUUGAAGCUGUGACAAUUCGAAACGAGAACGCUCUGCAUAUGGCCCUGAAAUAUGACAAGUUGGAGGCUUUUAGACUCUUGGUGCGAUGGCUCCAAAAGAAUUGGUCUCAAAAUUCCAUAUUGUGGGAGAGUAAAGUCCUGAACUGGCAGGAUGAGAAUGGCAACACGCCAUUUCACAUUGCUGUGUACAAAAAUCAACCCAAGGCUGUGAGGAGGUUAUUAUUAUAUUCUGGUGUUAAUACAUUCGCUAAGAAUUCAGAGGGUAAGACAGCAGGGGAUAUCUUGGCACAAAAAAAUCAAAUAGAAAACCGUGAGAUCAAGGUAAUGCUACGGCGUGUUGGAGCUUUACGAGCUCCAUCUCUUCCUAAAGUAACUUUUUAUGCACGUAAUCUAUGGUGCAUGUUCUCAUCUCUUGAGAAAACAAGAAUGCAUUGUAUUGGAGAAUGGACUCAAAUAUCAGACGACAGACGCAAUAUGCUUUUGGUGGUUGCUACACUGCUUAUGACUGUCACCUAUCAAGGAGUACUCAGCCCUCCUGGGGAACUUUGGCAAGAUGACUACCUUCCUGAACCCAAUACCACAUUACCGGCCAUCAGAAAAUUCAAUUCAAGUGCUCCUAUUCCAAACGAAGCAGGGACACCUAUUGAUCUUCGAAAUUUUCCUUUUUGGGUGUUCUUGUCAUUAAAUUCUUUGACAUUUAUGCUUUCAUACUCAACGAUUCUUCUUCUCAUUCCAAAACAACGCCCAGGGCUGGCUCUAGUAUGA